UCGGAAUGCCUGGAAAACACCCGUGUCCAGAUUCAGGAAUCGAUACUCGGUCACUUGGAGAAACGGGAGCACCGAUUUGUCUGGCUUCGCGGCUCUCCGGGAACUGGAAAGACUGCUAUAUCAAUGAGAGUCGCGUCAACUUUCGACAAACAGAAUCGCUUGGCAGCAUCUUUCUUCUGGGACAAGAAUCGGAAGGGCGCAGGACUUGCUUCGAUUGAACACUUUCCCUCUACUCUUGCGCGUCAGCUUGCCUUGUUUAAUGCCGAGUAUGAGGGUCUUCUUGUCAGUCGACUCCGACAGCCUUCAUUAUUG